AUGGCUCUCGACGAAGCUACCUCGCCGACGGCGGACUCGCCCAUCGACUUCCAGAACUCGCGCAAGCACGAAGGCGGGAAGCCCCUGCCCACCGACUCCAUGGUCACCGUCCCUCUGUCGCCCACCGAGUCGAGCAACCCCGUCCAGAGCCUGGACGCUAUUGCCGACAAGCCAGAGAUCACCGUCAACAAGACGCGCGACAGCAGAAUAGGGGCCGCUGCCCCGAGCUUGGACGAAGUCAUCGUGGAGAAGACCGAAGAGAAGAAGAAUGAUACCCCGGAGGACAGCGCAGAGAGGCCCAGAAGCAGACCAUCCACCAUCGUCCGCUCCCGCAGCGGCAGCUCAGGCUCCGCCGAUUCGGGCGGCAAGGUCGAUUGGGAGGAGCUUGAUAAGAAGGAAGAGCAGAUUGAGCAGGAUGAAGGCUCCGACGAGAGCACCGCACUCCUCCUAGCCAGACUUGAGCAGGAGAACCAGGCCAUUGCUACAGACCCCAAGAACGCCGCUUCCAAAGCCCGCUCGCGGAGCCAGUCGCGGCCGCCGUCGAUGAACCAGCUGAAGAAGAUGGUCGAGGACCAGAACAACUCCGAGAGCGUCCGCUUUUCUCUACUCCCCUCGCCGCCGCCCAUGACUGAGCUCGAGUUCUGGGCUGCGCUGGUUCGCGACUAUACGGGCACCGCUCAGCGCCUGCCUACCUUGACCUCGAACAAGAUCCGCGCCGGUAUCCCGGCACCUCUGCGUGGCGUGACCUGGGUCAGCAUGGCUGGCGCGCGCGACCGCGGCAUCGAGGAGCAGUAUGAGCGCCUGUGCACCGAAAGCAGCCCCUACGAAAACAUGAUCGGCAAGGACAUUGGUAGGAGCUUCCCCGGCGUCGAGAUGUUCAGGGACCCCGAAGGCGAAGGCCAGAAGAUGCUUGGCCGCGUCCUCAAGUGCUUCAGCUUGUACGAUGACAAGAUUGGCUACUGCCAGGGCUUGGGCUUCCUCGUUGGACCCCUGCUCAUGCAGAUGGGCGACAAGGAGGCCUUCUGCGUGCUGGUCCGUCUCAUGGAAGACUAUGACCUCCGUUCCUGCUUCCUGCCCGAUCUUUCUGGCCUGCACCUCCGCAUUUACCAGUUCCGCCGCCUGAUGCAGCAGCUCAUCCCCGAGCUCUACGCGCACCUCGAGACGAUGAACAUUGAGGCGGCCUACCUCUCGCAAUGGUUCCUGUCCUUCUUCGCAGUGACUUGCCCUCUUCCGAUGCUCUUCCGCAUUUACGACGUCAUUUUCGCCGAGGGUGCCUCCGAGACUAUCAUGCGCGUUGCGCUCGCCAUUAUGCGCAAGAACGAGCAGCGCCUCCUGGCCUUCACCGAGUUUGAGGACGUCAUCCAGCUGUUGCUGUCGCGCUCGCUUUGGGACCCCUACGGUUGCAACCAGCAGUCGGCCGAUGACCUCGUCAACGACUUCUGCAGCUUCACUAGCGUUGUCACCCGCGAGCACCUCCAGGCUCUCGAGGCCAGCUUCAGGGACGCCUCCAGCGACGAGACGGCGUCCAAGGGCUUCUUCCCCGAAGUCCAGAACGCGGCACAGAGGUUCUUGGGCCGCAUCUGGGGCCCCGACAAGAGGAACACUACCGCAACGCUCAGCCCGCCCGCAGACAAGCCGUCUAGGCCAGUCAGCUUCAUGAAGCGCACGGCUUCCAAGCAGAGCAUCGCGUCGACUCUCAACUCGGUCGAUGGCUCUGACAGCACAGGUAGAAGCCACAACAGCACGGCGACGGCCAUGACCGAGCUCACUAAUCGCGAAUCCUCAGCCGACGCCAUGUCGGUCAAGUCGAUGAAGAUAGGAAACGUUAGGAACACGAUGAUGUCGCACCACGACCGGGAUCUCCACAGCCAGAUCGAGGACCUCCUGACGGCGCUGAGCGAGAUGCAGCGCGAGCACGCUACUCUGGCGGCCGAGCUGCAGAAGGAGCGCGAGGACCGUCGUGAGGACCACCGUGUCGUGCGCAGCCUCGUCGAGCGUGUCAAGCAGGACAAGGGCAUCACCACGACGACCAAAGCGCAGCGCCGUCGCACCUCUCCCCUGAACAGCAUUGACGACCUCAAGAACAAGCGCAUGUCGACGCCGCCUUCGUUGACGUCCAACGAAGACUUCCAGGGCCUUGUCGAGAAGAUCGAAAUGCGCUUCCCGGCCAAGGCGCAGCACAACCGCAGCGCGUCCGUCUUCGAGACCAAGCAGUACCUCCGCGAAUCGCUGGCCCGUUCCAAGGAGCAGCUCCAUCUCGAGACGACGCGCUCGCAGUCGCUGUCCCGGCAGCUUCUGGACGCCGAGACCGAGACGGCAUCGCUGCGCACACAGUUGGACGAAACGCGGCACCGCCUGCAGGCCUCGAUGGUCGACCGCCAGCGUCUCGAGCGGAGCAUCCAGGACCUGAAGGCGGAGAACCAGAAAGCGCGCAAGGCAUCGACGUGGUCGGGCUCGGAGUCCGACGUGCCCAGCCUCACGCGGUCCGACACGGCCGACUCGAUAUCGUCAUCGACGUCGGGCAAGGGGCUGCGCGAGUUCAAGCUCGGCCGCAGCAACACCACCCGAUCCAUUUCGACGACCAAGACUCGCAACAGCUUCGGCCGCAUUGCGCCCACGCCCAACACUUCGGCCGUGGCGCCCGUCCCGCAGCGCAGCUCGAGCCCCCACACAUCGGCCUCGCCCAUGUUCGCCAAGCGCAGCUCGUCCCUCUCCGCGCACGCCGCCUUUUCGUCGUCGUCGCCGCCCCCCGAUCCCUCAAGCGACGAUGCCAUCCUGCUCGAGCUCGUCAACGCCAAGACGGCCGAAGCCGUCGCUCGCCAGGAACUCGAGGAGCUGCGCGCUCGCUUCGAGAGCAUGCGCAAGAUGCUGGGCGUCGCCACCCCGAGCCCCAACAGCUCCACCAGCGGCCUCACGCCCUCCAAGUCGGCGACCAGCGAGAACGGCUUCUUCACGUCGUCGAGUAAGCCGCCGGGCAGCUCGCACAGCACCGCCAGCACCAACAACAACACCGGUGGUGGCUUCUGGGGCUGGGGAAAGAGGAGCGUGAGCACCACGGCCGCCGAGGCCAAGUAA